AUGACACGUAGAAGGAUUAAAAACCCGCGUAAAAUUGAAGAUGUCGAUGUUGUCUCCCAAGAAAUGUUUCAUAACUACAUUGCGCAUCUAAAAACGAAGUUUUUCGAAGACCCAGACCGUUACACCAAACCUAUUACGAUUAACAUUGCAAAUGCAAUGAUGGAGAGUAUAAGAAGAGCUAAACAAAAACUCAAGCGUUACAUGCCGUUAUACGAAUUUGAAACAACUUUGCUAGAUUUAUAUGAUGUUACAAAUAAAAAAGAUCAACAGCUAAUUUUAAAACCAAAAAAUCAGGGAGAACUGGAAAGGAAAGUGGUUUCGUGUGAAGAAGCAUUUUCUAUUAUAGAAAAAAUUCAUAGAGAUACUACUCAUCACGGUAGUUGGAAUACCGUUAAGAAAUAUUUAAAUGAUAAACUCGAUCGAUAUAUUUACGAAGAAUCAUAUUGUAUAAGUUUAAUUAUAAACUUGUGUUGUGUUUGCACACCAAUUUUUAAUACGAAAUGCUACUUUUACGUCGCAGAAUCAAGAUUAGAACCAAACAAUUCUUUUAAAAAAAUACUUAUAUUAAUUGAUGAAGCGACCUGUUUUGUACGUUUGAGACCACUAACUUCAGGUACAGAAAAUGAGGUCGCCAUUGAAUUGUUGAAAACAUUCAUGGACUUUGGGAUACCUAAGAAUAUGAUCUCUCCAGAUUGUGUAUUACUUGAGAAAGUGCUUCAAGUUGUAAACUCGUUGCUGCCAGAUUAUCCAAUGCCAAAAGUAUCUAUCGGUACUGAUCGACAUGUUGACUGGAAAACGCAUAUUACAAAUAAACUGCAGGAAUGUAAGGCGGAAAGAAAUACUAAUAAUUGGGCUAUUUUAUGUCAUAUGGUUCAAUGGAAUUUAAAUACUGUUUCGUCCCACAGCAGGAAUUCGCCCUACAGCAUUGUUUUUGAUCAAGACGCUCCAAAAAUUCACAUGAGUAAGCCCCAAUCACAGACAAAAACAUCCGUUCAUAUAAAUAAAGCAGAUUUCACAGAAAUUACUGAAAAACCAAAUGAAACAAAAUUAAAAUCGACAAAAAAAACGGAGCUUACCGACAAAUCAAGUAAAACAAAAAGUAAACAAAGAAAAAUUACUCAGAAAAAGUGUGAAAGGAAAAGAAAUAUAAAUCUAAAUCUUGCACAUCAAUUCAAUCUUCCAAUCGGUAGUAUUUCUGAUGAUUUUAUUGAUUUAACUGAUGAUAAAAUAAAUAUUAGUGUAGAGAGUAUAACAUUUGAAGAUGUUGGAAAUAAUGAAGGUAAUGAUGUUUAUCCAUUAGUAAUAAACGAUGAAGGUAGUAAUGAAGAAGAAUCAGGAUUUACCCAUUGUAACAAUUGUAAGAAGCCGGUACCAUUAGUAAUUAAUAAGGAAUUACCUGUUACUUCACGUGAAUCAACUUUUUGCGCUGAAUGUAUGCAAAAGAACGCAACGAAAGAAUUAUUAACAAGCAAGGCAAAUUAAUUAAAAGAUCAAAUUAAAACAUUUUAUGUUUAUAAAAUAUCAAAUAAAAAUUAUGUUUAAUUUUGUGAAAUUUCAUUUCUAUCAUUUUGGGGUAUUCUAUAUCUAUUGGAGUUUGAUAUGAAAGAACAUGAGAUCUUGGGUUGAUAAGAAAGAAUAUAGUUAAAUGGUUUUUUUUAUAUCAUUAUUGAGCAAAUAAAAUCACGUUUGUUUUGCGGAAGCCCCCUUAAAUAUUUAUUUUAUUCUGGUUUUUAGUAUUUGUUGUUGAAGCGAUGACAAAUGACAGACAGCGAAGUCUUAGUAGUAGGGUUCCCAUUUUACCCUUUACGUACGGAACCCCUUAAAGAGUAGAAAUAGCAUUCCGGAUGUUUGCAUGAAAACUACUAACGAAAAUCACACGAUGAAAGAUACUGAUAGCAUGCGAAGGCUGUUGACCAUUUUUUUAUUAAUAUACCUAUUGUUUGUUUGAAACUAUUAAAAUAAAAAUAAAAAAUUUAUUUUAAUAUUAAAAAUUUUGAUUUUUCAUAUUUUUGAUAAAACUAUUUUACUCAACUCAUUUAUACCGAGUAGUCCGGUAGCGCAAUGGACAAGCGCCGCGGGCCACCAAAAAAAUAUUAUCUCGAGCUACUUUGACAUAUAAAUC